CGCUACUAGACGACGCCACUGUAGUCUAUACAUACGCAUCAUCAAAAUCUAUAUUAAAAUGGAGGAAAAGAGUCAAGUUGUAGAACGAGAAACUAAAAAAGAUGAAAUUCACGAAAAAGAUGUGAAAUCCAAAAGUUCUGUAAAGAGACAUCGCAAGAAGAAGAACAAGAUGUCACAUGGCAAUGGCGAUAAUCACAAUCAUAGAGAUGAGCAUGAACUGCAUAGUGCAUGUAAUAUUUCUAUCAAGGAUAUACAAAUGGCAAUGGAAGUAUUUAAUAUACAACAGAAACCUGCCAAAACUCAAGAAGAAGCUAUGCAAAAACCUUAUCAGUUUUGGAGUACACAGCCAGUACCAAAAAUGGAUGAGAAGAUAGUUAAAAAUGAACCGAUUGAGUCUGACAGAACAUCAAUUAGAGCAGAACCUUAUUCAUUGCCAGCAGACUUUCAAUGGGACACAUUAAACCUUGAUGAUCCUUUGGUUUUGUCAGAAUUGUAUACUUUAUUGUCUGAGAAUUAUGUGGAGGAUGAUGAUGCUAUGUUUAGAUUUGAUUAUCCACCAAACUUUUUGAAGUGGGCGUUGCAAUCUCCUGGAUGGUGCAAAGAAUGGCACUGCGGAGUACGAGUGACUAAAAGCGGACGUCUAGUCGGUUUUAUUUCUGCUAUUCCAGCUACUCUGCGUGUUUAUAAUCAUACCCAAAAGAUGGUGGAAAUAAAUUUCUUAUGUGUACACAAAAAACUGAGGUCGAAGCGAGUUGCACCGGUGUUGAUACGUGAAAUAACUAGGAGAGUUAAUCUUGAAGGUAUAUUUCAGGCUGUAUAUACUGCUGGUGUUGUACUACCAAAACCAAUAGCAACUUGCAGGUAUUGGCAUCGUUCUCUCAAUCCUAAAAAACUAAUUGAAGUGAAGUUUUCUCACUUGUCUCGCAAUAUGACUAUGCAGAGAACUUUAAAGUUGUUUAAACUGCCAGAGAGUACAAAAGUGCCAGGAUUUAGGAAAUUAGUCGAAGCAGACAUACCUCAAGCCCAUAAGAUAUUAACUGAUUAUUUGGAAAAAUUUGACUUGGCUCCAGUCUUCUCCAUCGAAGAGUUCCGACAUUGGUUCCUUCCACAGAACGAGAUUAUUAAUACUUUUGUAGUAGAAAAAGAUGGCAAAAUUACCGAUAUGGUUAGCUACUACACGCUGCCAAGCUCGAUAAUGCAUCACCAGACACACAAGACACUCAGGGCUGCAUACAGUUUCUACAACGUAUCCACAGCAACGCCUUGGCUCGAACUCAUGACCGAUGCACUUAUAUCGGCUCGUAAUCUUGAUUUCGAUGUAUUUAAUGCAUUGGAUCUUAUGGACAACAAACAGUUUUUAGAACCACUAAAAUUUGGCAUAGGUGAUGGAAAUCUGCAAUAUUAUUUAUACAAUUGGCGUUGUCCUAGCAUGACGCCCGGGAAAAUUGGUUUAGUGCUCCAAUAAAGUCUAGAUGAACGUAUCC